AUGCGGAUAUGCAUCUACUACGACUGCGUGUGGUACAGCAAGGCCCUCAUCUCGCAAGCAUGUACGUACCGAGGCGUGUUGGGGGUGCGCAUUGUGACAGACAGGAGGGCGCGGGAAAAGAAGGCAUCAGAGCCUCGUGACCUGAGCGCGUACAUGUGA